AUGAACUUCGUCCGCAAGCUCUCCAAGCGUUACCGCAAGAAGACGCCAACUUACGAGGUACAGUAAAUUCAGAAAAUUUUCUCGAAAAUAACUACAAAGAUUCUCAUGAAAAAAACUCAUAAAACAGAUAAUUAAGUGAAAAGUUUUCAAAAAGGCGCAGAAUUUAUCAGAAGGAAAGCGUGAAGCAACAAGUAGACAAACGCCUUCAGUUAAACUCCCAUACUCGGCCGAAACUUUUUUUUACUAAAUCACUUCUCGAAAACUGAAAGCGCAUACGGAAAAAUCUUCAGAGCGACGUCAUCAUCGAGCCCUCGCCAGUGAGGCCGCUUUUCCGUUUGCUGGGGUCGAACGAAAGGGAAGAAGUUCUGUCACCUCUACCGCUCUGCGCGAUCUUCCAAGUCAUCGACGAGCUCACGUUCUUCGAGCAGAUCCAUCUGAUCUCUCUGAGCGGAGACAUCGAGGCUUAUCUCACCAACAAGUACAAGCAUGUGAGUGCGGCAUCGAAAUCGAAAGCCAAGACGGAGGAAGUUGCAGAUAAAGAGAAUGAGAGUGAUCAAGCAGAACCUCGAUACGGCCACAAAGGUCGGCGACGGCUGGCAGCGUCAUUACAAGGCAUUCGUCGCCGUCAGAUUCGUGAGAGACACCGUGGAAAUUGUCAUCGACAGCUCGUGAGUUCUCAACACAAAAUGUUACGUUAUAGUUCUGGAUCACAUAAGUUAUUCACUGAUAAGCGAAGCCGAUAGUUGACUUGUCAGCAUUGGCUUGUAUAGUUUACUGUAUGUUCUCAGCCUAGCUCAUCUUUUCUCAAUCUUUUUUUUUCGUCUUGCCUUGUGCGCUCUGAUGAGAAAGUUAGUUUGAUACCAGCCUUCGAAUCUUGAAAAAGUUUCAAAACUUCGUAAACUUAAGCUUAACGUCUCUAACAACAAUAAAAAAACAUCUAAAUUUUCUAAAUUUCUCCUCUAAGAAAAUAUAAAUAUAUUAACCUUAAUAUUAGAGCUUGCUGAAUAAUUUUUAGAUCUUCUAUUCUUCAAUCCCAUCUUUCUUACCUAGAGGAAAAGCUUUGAAAUAUUUAAUAAUACACCUGAAGACGUAAAGGAAAGGCACUUGAAAAUGGAAACUUGACCGUUUAUAACUGUGAAAUCACCUGUUCACUAUUAACAUCUCUUUCUUCAGGUGAACUCUCAAAAAUUAUUCAAGCCCAUCUAAAACCGCAGUAUAUCUAUGUCGAGAUAUUCAAAACUACUUCUCAAAAUGGUCUCCUGUUCAGAUGGACGGUCGCCGACCUGAACGCCAUGUCGAAAGCAAUGGACUUGUUCCACAGCUGGAUCGAGUUCAUCGAACUGGAUGCGCCGGUCGCAGAAGCGGUAAUAACUCUGAUUUGAGCAGGAUCGAAAAUCUUUUUCAGUAUCUCGUCCACCUAUCUAAGUUGGACUUGUACGAGUGGUUCUCGUUCCAGAGCUACCUGAAGAUCUCUGGAGCGUACAACGACAGAGUUAAUCUGUACUGCGAAGCGUCCCGAGAGCUCACUGUUCGUUUCGAUGACGCAAUGUAGUGGACCUCAAAACGGUGCUUUCCAGAAUUACUGGCCAAAAGUGAAGGAGGUGACUCUCUACACAGUGGUGGAGCUGUCUCAUCACUUGGGCCGUCUCUACAACUACGGCAUCGAUGGAAGAUGGUUCAUGUCUCGGGAAAGCCUCGAGAAAAUCACUUUGGUUGUGAUCAACUACAAGGGCGGUCACAAACAUCUCCCCAUGAACAUGAAUGCAUACCGGUGGGUCAUGAGUAUUCACAAAAUAGGAAACCUCGAUACUCAAAAGACCUUAAUUUAUGCCUAGGUUACUGUUUAUUUAUUUUUUUAGAACAUUCGAAUCGUAUACAAGUACACAAUUUUUGACGAAAUCCGAGCAGACCGAGAUACCGAAAAAAUUCGAAAAUUAUAAUUUCUGAUAAAUGAAAAAAAAAAGAAACAAAAACGUGAUUUUUGUCUUCAAAAAGUGUGAUACGUGACUUGAAAUACGUGAUCCGCUCGCCAAGGCCGGCCCUGGCACAAGCUUGCGCGAGAAGAUUCGAGCGAGAGACCUCUCAGAAGCUAGUAAUGAGUCCGAUUCGGCCAUGAAACAACUACUUCAAUCCUUUCACUAACUUCCUUCUUGUUUCAGUUGCUGGUUCGGUUCGGCAGGAUUCAGCUGGCGCUACUCGACAGAAUAUGUCGAAGACAAAGACCCAACUUCUCGAUGGAACAACAUCUUCACUUUUUGA